UUUUGAAAAUUUUGUCAAUUGAAAGUUGUUUGUAUUCACUUCAGCGUGGUUUGGUGUUGUGAUUACAAAGCAAGAAAAGAAAAGCGGUGAAAAUUCAUUAAAAAUGUUUCGCAAUCAGUACGACAGUGAUGUGACUGUUUGGAGUCCCCAGGGGCGACUCCAUCAGGUGGAAUAUGCCAUGGAGGCCGUAAAACUGGGAACGGCCACGGUGGGUCUGAAGAAUAAGGAUCAUGCAAUUCUCAUUGCCCUGAAGAGAGCAUCAUCCGAAUUGGCGUCGUAUCAGAAGAAAAUUAUUCCCAUUGAUGAUCAUUUGGGUAUCUCCAUCUCAGGAAUUACAGCCGACGCAAGGAUUUUGAGCCGGUACAUGCGUCAGGAGUGCCUCAAUUACAAGUACUCCUACGAUGCUAAUUACCCAGUUGGUCGUCUGAUCACAAACUUGGGGAAUAAGAUGCAAGUUUGCACACAGCGCUACGAUCGACGCCCAUACGGAGUUGGUCUCCUUGUUGCCGGCUACGAUGAUUUGGGCCCACAUGUCUUCCAGGUGUGCCCCAGUGCAAAUUACUUCAAUUGCAAAGCCAUGUCAAUUGGUUCUCGCUCCCAGAGUGCCCGUACGUACUUGGGAAAGCACCUCAAUAGUUUCCCAACGUGUGAUCUCAAGAAACUCAUUGAGCACGGGCUGCUCGCCCUCCGGGAUACACUGCCGAAUGAACUAAAUCUCACGGAGAAGAAUGUCUCCAUUGCAAUCGUGGGCAAGGGGACUCCCUUCCAGAUUCUCUCCGAGGAAGAGAAUAAGACGUACUUGGCUGCAAUUGCACAGGCUGGACCCUCGGCGAGGGAAGCUCAAGCUAGUGAGGCAGGAACUGAUGCUGGAGGUGCUCCCUCGGCGUCUGGAGACGCGGCCGAAGACCCUUUAGCCGGAUCAGCGAUGGAGUAAGCGGGUGGACUCUAUCGCCGUCCAGUGCUUCAUUGCCUCCCGAUGAUUUUGACGAAAGGAUUGGCUAAUGGGUGGGGAUUUGUUGACGUAGGAUGCACUUCCGGACGACAAAUCCCCACCCGUGAGAGAUUUUGCACACAAUUUCCGUAUUUUACAGCAUUUUUGAAAUUACAAUUUUGAUGGGCAUCAAA